GCGAUGCGAUUUUGGCUUCGGCAGGCAGGGCGCUUUGGCUCGGCUCGGCUCUGCUCUGCUGCUGCUGCUGCUCUUGCUCUUGCUCUGCUCGAGCGCAAUCCAUGUCCUUCUCCCAACGAUUCAUUGCUUGAUUGACUGAUUGAUUGAUCGAGUGAGUGGGCGAGCGAGUGAGCGAUUGAUUGAUCCCACCAUCUCCCGCUCUGCACUGCUGCUGCUGCUGCGGGAGUCGCCUGGCUUUGGCUUGGGGGCUUUUGGGCUGCUGGGUGCUGGUCGUCGUCGGGGUCUGUUGUCUCCUUCCUUUCUCUUUGUCUAUUCUUCCUCUUCUUCUUCUUCUUCUUCCUCCUCCUCCUCCUCCUCCUCCUCCUACUACCUCUCCUGCGCUUCUGCUCUGGUCUUCUUUUGAACCGGGUCUUUUAUGUAGCAGAUCUGACGAUUUGGGAAAGAAGCUGGUCGAUCAUCGCCACAGGACAGAUCUUCGCGUCGCGUUGCGUGGGUGAUGCUCGAGUGCCUUUGACGUGACUCGAGAGGAGUCGACGAUUUUUGUCUUCGUAGGACGAAGAUUGAUGGCAGGGACGGGAGGGCGUAAGUGCGAGGAAAGACGAGAAGAAGGACGAAGAAUUGAUCCGUGUAGAGUAUACUUGUGAGACCCGGGAGUAGUGUUGUUCCAGGUAUAUGUUUUCAUACACAGAUCUUGAUAAGUGGUAGAAGUAUGGUUCUUGAGUUCUAAGGUGGAUAAUCUAAAGGGCAGGCAGAGAUAGAGAGAGAGAGGCUAUGCUGGUCGGCCACCUUAGUCUUACGUACUUCGAAUGUAGAUGGAUGUUCAAGGAUCGAAGAUCUGAAAAGUAAAUGCUUGGGUUGGACGAAAAGGGAUUUGAACUUGCAACUCAAGAUAUCGUGUGUCUCGAGGAAAGUGUCCCGGCGAUCCGCGAGUCAAAUCCCAGGAGAGGGAUCUGGAAAUCAUGUGGAAGCACUAAACCUCACUAAAAGCCUAUGAUAUAGUCUGGGUUUUGCAAGCUCUUUCUUGAGGCAGGCAGCGUGUUAUUUACCGGAAACCAGUCGCAGAGGAAAAGAGAUCGUGAAAGGUUGGAAGGGACGUGCAUUUUUGUGACUACGGGGCUCAAGUCGAUUGGGAAUGGCAGAGCAGCAGAGAGGAUGGGAUGUUAUGCUACCACAAAUUGCGUAAUAUUUCACAGGCUCAGGCCUUUCCUUAGCCUUAUCGGGGAGGCAGGGCAGGGCCUCCCAUGUCAGUGGAUGAUAACCACAGGGGGCUGGCCCUGGCUAUUUGCUCCAGCCUCUUCAUCGGUUCCAGCUUCAUUAUUAAGAAGAAAGGUCUCAAGCGCGCUGGUGCAUCUGGGGUUAGAGCAGGAGUUGGAGGGUAUUCUUACCUAUACGAGCCACUAUGGUGGACGGGUAUGGUCACAAUGAUCGUUGGAGAGGUCGCGAACUUUACGGCGUAUGCAUUUGCUCCGGCAGUUCUUGUCACGCCACUUGGAGCCCUGAGCAUCAUUGUUAGUGCAGCAUUGGCACAUGUGGUCUUGAAGGAGCGGUUGCAUUUGUUCGGCAUCGUUGGGUGUAUUCUGUGUAUCGUGGGCUCAACGACUAUUGUGCUCCAUGCACCCGAGGAGCGGGUGAUUGUAUCGGUCAAGGAUGUGUGGAGCUUAGCCACAGAGCCUGCAUUUUUACUUUAUACAUUGUCAGUCGUUGCGGUGGUAUUACUUCUGAUCUUCCAUUUUGUGCCUCGAUGUGGACAUACACAUGUUAUGGUCUAUGUUGGAAUAUGCUCACUGAUGGGAUCUCUGUCGGUGAUGAGUGUAAAAGCUCUUGGCAUUGCGUUGAAGCUGACUUUCCAAGGGGAUAAUCAGCUUGUUUACCCCCAGACCUCUGUAUUUGCUAUGGUGGUGGCUACAUGUGUUUUAACCCAGAUGAACUACCUCAAUAAAGCCCUAGAUACCUUCAAUACGGCCGUAGUUUCACCCAUCUACUAUGUGAUGUUUACCUCAUUGACUAUUCUUGCCAGCGCUAUUAUGUUCAAGGAUUGGGAUCAUCAGACUCCUACACAAAUUAUAACUGAGAUGUGUGGAUUUGUAACCAUCUUAUCUGGCACAUUUUUGCUGCAUGCAACCAAGGACAUUACAGAUUCUUCUUCUGGACUAAGUAUUUAUGGGGGCCUUCAACCCUCCAUGACUCACCGCCUAUCCAUUGGAACAGGGAGUCUCAAGCGUCCUGAGGAUGAGAUGGACAGUGAUGAUUUUCCUCUGCGCCGGCAAGAGUCAUUUCGAAAUCCAUGAUCUCAUCGUUCCUUUCUUUAGGCUUUCUUCUUGAUUCAUCAACCUUCUGGAGCUGUCUUUGAAACAGGCUGCAAGUUGUAGGAAGGGCAAUCUAAGCAGGCCACUUGUCCCAUUAUUCUAACCGUAAAUUUUCUUGGCGCUUACAUGAAAAGGAGUAUAAAGUCUAGAAUCAUUCUUUCCCUGAAUUGUUCCACUAGUGCAUUCACGGUGAAUUGUUGACUUGUUCAUCUAAUGCAUCCAUGUCGUGAUGGCGGCCGCUCACUAUUUACAUGGAAGUCCUUCAUAUGGAAGUCAUGGUGAGGACAAGUUCUGUAUGCAGUGACAAACCUGGCGUUUCACCUUUCAAAUUUCCAUGUCAGGAAUGUUUCUAAAGUCUUAGCUCCUGUGAUUGAUGAUGAGAACAUUUUUAGCUCCGUUGGUUGAUUGUGCUCUUUUCGAGCCCAGACCCCGAAGUGAGGACUCGUAUUGUACUGUGAGGAAACAAAAGAUUAGAUGAGUUCUUUGGUAACAAAUUUGCUGAUAAAUUAUAUAGCCUCAUUCCUCGCCAACAAACCCAAUGAAUGAGCUCUGCCUGCAUCCCUUGGGUCAGUACCAAAGAGUUUCUUUUAUUGAUAAUCUUGUCAUCGUGGGUUGGGAGGACUGUUGUAUGUAUUGUAUUUUGUUUACGCCUACCCGCUUUCAGUAUCUUAGCAAAUCGUCCUAGUUGUAAAUUCAAUGAUGU